CAAAUAAAACAUUACGAUAAUUCCAAAAAUGUUACUUCUGCAGAAUUCGUUCUGCAGCAGCACAUCAUCCCCCUAGUAUCAACUGUUUAAUACACGUGCUUCACAAAGCACUGAGUUUCACUGCACCCCUGGUUUGUAUGUAAACGGCAUGUAUCCCUUUACAGCAUGUGUUCUGCACUGUUCUGCAAAUACUACAUACAAUUAUUAUACCGUACGGAUGGUACGACGGCACAAACAGUUCUGCAGAGUUCCGCAGAGUUCUGCACGUCUGCAAGUCAAUACCAUACCCACGCCCGUGAAUAUCGUGCACGUGUCCAGACAAAUCGGAAUUCAACCGGCAUGGCAUCAUUCGGGCCAAGAGCAAGGUUCUUUGAUGAAAGGGAGCCUAAAAACAAGAAGAUCAUCAGCAGCAAUGAAGAUACCGGUACCGAUAAAUCGCUGGAGGUCACAUCUGGAGGACCAAAGUGCCAUGCAAAACUCUUAGAGGCCAUUGCUACCCUUGACACAAGAAAAAGGCUUAAAACAAAGGAGCGGUCAGAGGCAAGUCAAGAAGUUUCAGAGUUCAACUUCACUGGUGGAGAUGACAGAAGCCAACCUGUGAAGAUGCAUGAGUUGAUGAGUUCUCUAGCUAAUACACCAAGUCACUCGGAGCUCAAAAAACAGCUUAAUAGUUUUCAGAAAAAUCAAAAAGUUCUUACCACACCUCUACACAAACAUGAUGCAGAAAAAGUUCAGCGAUCGGUGGCUUAUGAAGCUGCUGUAAAGGAGGUAUCCAGAUGGGAUCAGGUGGUACAAACAAACAGGAAAUCAGAACACAUGUCCUUUCCUCUGAACCAGGCAACAGUUGGUCUUCAAACCACAGAUCAAUUUGUGAAAACAUUUCAGCCAAGCACUCCUUUGGAACAAGAAGUUUACAAGCUACUCCAUGGCAGUAAGCACAGUGAACGACCAAAUAAGGAACUGACACUUGCUGAAGAAGAAACACUUGCAUCCAUUACUCUAGAAGGGGCUAAAGAGCGCCGGGCUGAGCUGCAGAAAACACAGGCCCUUUUGUCAUACUAUGAAGCCAAGUGUCAUCGAAAGAAAAAAAUUAAGAGCAAAAUGUAUCACCGGAUUCAACGUAAAGGCAGGACCAAAGAAGAGGCAGGUAAACUCAGAGAGAGAGUAAAAGCUGGACCAGAAGAAGCAAAUGAGCUACUCUUAAACUUUGACAAAGCAAGAGCAAAGGAACGAGUGACUCUCAAGCAUCGUAAUACUGGAAAGUGGGCAAAAGGAUUAAUGCGGUUUGGGAAGUAUGACCAUACUGCUCGCAAUCUGUUAGCUAAGCAGUUGCAAAAGAGUUAUGAACUUACCACAAAAAUGGCAGACGUCCAUGAUGAAGAAGAUAAUGAAUGCAAGGAGGGUUCCAUGCAUGUCAGUCAAGUUGGUAGCAGUGGAGACAAUUCCACAACCCAUAUGUCAUGCAGUGACAUCAAUAAUCCGUGGUUUACUGGAAGCAUCGGCAGCCAUCAAGACGCUGAGGAUCAUUCCAAGAUUGUUACUUUGGAGCCUGUUUCUAGUCAUGUGAAGCAAAAACAAAAGGAAUCGGACAAUGACUCUUACAUAUCUGAUGAAAGCAUAGAUAACAGGUGUGAAAAAAAUGAGGACGAGAUAUUCACAGACUUCAUAAAACCCAAGUUGAGGCAAGAGGAUGAGCAGUCUUAUCCAUUGGAAUUGAAUGUACAUCAUGGACAGCCUGUUGUUACAGUUCAGUCUAAGCACAAAGUUAAACAUACUGAUGGGAUUGCCUCUCUUAAGACGAAUCCUAAAGACUUGUCUCCCCUUGAUAGAGGUCAUGAAAACCCUGUCCUUCACAAACAAGAAAAAGAUAAGUAUUUGGCCAAAAUGCCAAUAGCUACGUCAACAGGCAUUCAUUCUGCUGCUCCUGAUCUUAUUGUCUGUGAAGAUCAGGUACUGGAGAAAACAAAACAGCAUCUCUUGAACAUUCAAGAGGCAUUUGCUGAAGAUGACAUUGUCAAGGUUUUUCAAGAGGAAAAACAGGAGCAUAUUGAUCGUGACAAACCAAAGGAUGUGGACUUGUCAUUGCCAGGUUGGGGAGAUUGGGGAAGUGCUGGAGUAAAUCCUUCCAAGAGGAAAGUUAAGAGAUUUCGAAAGAAGAAAACUCCUGGACAAGCACGGCGUGAUGAGAAUUUGCAACAUGCUCUUAUUAGUGAGGCCAGAAAUACGAAAAUAGCAGUACAUCAGGUGAACCAGUUACCUUUUCCCUACAGUACCUCGGAACAAUUCCAGCAAAGUGUCAGAGCACCAGUAGGUAGCACAUGGAACACACCAUCAGUUUUCAAGCAACUCACUGUUGCAAAGGUAAAAACUAAGAUGGGAGCAAUUAUAGAGCCAAUCAGUAGUGCUGAUGCUUUCAAAAAAGCCAGGAAGAGGAAAGCACCCAACCCAACACAUCGUUGUUCUAGUAUUGAGAAACAACGUAAAUUUGGAACCCAAAAAGAAAAAAGAAAAUAAUAAAUCACCGAAUCUGCAUCCGUAUCAUGGAAUCUUGCUUUGCAAGCGACUAUUCCAUAGACUAGGUUCUCAUUUCAACUGACAAAAACCUGAUGUGGGUCAGGGUUAAAGGGAAUAUACAACAUUUACAAACAUAAAAAAAUUACAGCAAAAGCAAAUGUUGUAUAUUCCCUUUAAAGUUUACUUUUUAAUUGAAAGUUCUUAAAUGACUGUUAGUUAGCACAGACCAAGUUGAGACUUGCCAGUUUCAACAAUUUGAAUGCAUUUAGCAAAAACGGCCUUUAAUAGACUAUUUACAAUAACUCACUCUCAGAUGGUGUCUCUUGCUUUCCCAUGAGUGUAUUAAUUAUUUGCUGUAGUAGUAGUUGUAAAAGAAGUGGUAGUAUUAAAAGUUUUACGAUUAUUAUAUUUUUAAUUAUGAUUAUAAUGAUACUUUUUUUUCUCUUUGGACAUAGUUAAGGUCUCACUUAUUUUAGGUCCAAUCAAAAAUUCAUCACAUCAUAAUGGUACAGUACCACAGCAUAACAAAAUAGUGCAAGCAUAUCACCAAAUUAGACUGAGAGCUGGAUAGGGUUUAAUCAAAAUUUUGGGAACAAAUCCCCUGAUUGUCUUAAAGCAUAGUAUCAUCGACCCUGAUCACAGAAUGGCCAGUCUUAAGUUUCGCUAGAUUAGACAAAGGCCCAUUGGCGCCAUGCCAAAUGGGGCCAAUUUUGCAUUAGUUUGAUAGCUUGGAACUUGUAGAUUAUGGAAAUAUAACUUAAGAGCGAAUUUAGAUCAGACUAGUUAACUUCAGAGCAGCCCGAAAAGCGCGGAGGGUGGGCGUGGCCGUCACUCCCUCUUUUUCCUUUUCGCUGAUACCGUUGCAACGCAUAGGGGGAGGAGAAAAUGGAAUCAGUUUGUAUUGAUGCCUUGGCACUUCUGGAACAUGAAAAUAUUACUUGAGAGGCUAUUUUUAGGUCAGACUAGUUACCUUAAGACCGGCGGGAAAAGCCAGAAAGGGGUGGGGCCUCAAACUCCCCCCCCCCAUGUACAUUUUGGCUCCCUACCGUCGCAAAGCAUUUUGUAAAUCCUGCCAAGUUUCUGUGACAGUUGUUCAGAUGCCUUGUGGUUAUUUUGACACCAGGUUUAUGAAAAUGUGGCGUACCUUCAUCACAAAAUGUUCAAAUGUUAACUUUUCCCAUUGAAAAAUUUAAAAUGGGAAAAAUUAAAAAUGGGAAAAUGAAACAAUUUUUAUUGAUGCCUUGGCACAUGUGGAACAUGAAAAUAUAAUUUGAGAGUGAUUUUUGGUCAGACUAAUUAACUUAAGAGCGGUGCAAAGGGCGUGGAGGGGGCGGGGCCGCAAGCCCCCUCCGUGUACAUUUUGGCUCCUAUCGGCGCAAUGCAUUUUUUAAAAUCUUGCCAAGUUUCUCUGACAGUUGUUCAGAUGCCUUGCGAUUAUUUUGACACCAUGUUUAUGGCAAUAGGGCAUACCUUCGUCACAAAAUGUCCAAAUACCAAAACAGCUGCUUAAAUGCUUACUUUUCCAUUAGAGCAUGUAUAACGUACAUGCAGAGGGUGCAUGCAUAUGAGACCACUAUAACAAAACGUUUCAACAGGUUAAAUUGAAACUUCACAGAUGUACUACACAUAUUCUGGUGUCCAAUAAUAAUAAUGACCGAUGUGGAAAGAGCAUUUUAGACCUCCGUUGCCCUCAGCUGGGUCAAAUUACUUUGUAUAUCUUAGUUAACUUCUCACUAAUAUAAUUUUUAUUCUUCAAAACGCAACAUUUUUCGUGAACCAAGCCACAACUAUAAAGUGAAAAAGAACGGCAUUGCAACUAUUAUUCACUCAUGUUCUAAAUUCAGACCCAAAAGACAAUGGGGUGCCCUCUGACCUCUAUUUCUCUUUUUCUGGUGGCAGCCGCGACAAUGAUACGACUGGAUGGAAGGCUGUGGACCGAGAUGCCAAAUUCAAAGCUUGGUGUGAGAUAGUGCUAUAGCAGCAAAAGGCAUAAGCAUAUGGUUUUGCUUGAUGGGGGGGGGGGGGGGCCAUACUGCCCGGAAAGUUUUUGACAAAAUUAAUGAGACAAAUUUCUAGUUAUUGCAGUGCAUGGGGCCGCAGUGUUUAAUUCAAAGCAACAGAUUGUGACUGAUUUCUUUGUACGGAAU